AUGAAUCAUAAUUACUUUAUUAUUUUAUUUCUUGCAAUCUUCCUUAUACAAAUUGAAAAAAUCCACGGCGGAUGUCGUCCUGUUGGAUAUGGUGAUCAGACUAAGGGUGGUUCUGAGAUUCAAAAAGUGACAUUUUCAUCAGGAAGAAUUACAGUUACGACUAAUAUCAAAGAAAAGUUUAAUGGAAAUGUUCAAUAUACGGAGGCAAUCGGUCACUUUACCUUCAAUUAUAAAGACCACAAUGGCAAAGAUGUCAGUGUGCGUAUUAAUAAGAAGCCUGAGUUUGUUAAUGAACAUUAUGAUUGUAAUCCUAACGUUAACCCUAAUGAAGUUAAUCCAUACACAAAGAUUUGGGAAUUUGAUUCAGCAUUAACGCCUCCAUCUGGAACAGAUGUUGCCGUUUAUCUAUCAAUAUAUUGGCAGUGUGCUGGUGGCACCUCUGGCAAUGGUGCAUUAGACUGUAACCAUGAAGAUGUUUCCUAUCAAACAAAAGCGUGA